AUAUCUAAUGGCAACACCAGCAGUGACGCUUCAUCUCUCCCGCCUUGCUCGCCACUUGCCUUUCUCUUCUCCCUUCUUCAAACCUGUUCUCUAUCCUUGUGCUCGUAUCCUUCCCAACCUGCCUUUUCGCCGCAGGGCUGCCUUCAGCUCCAGCCGAUUCACCGUCUCCGCCUCAGUUUCUCCAGCCUCGAGUAAUGCUGAGAAUCGUGGACUAGAUGAUGAAAUAUAUGAUGUCAUUGUCGUUGGAGGAGGACAUGCAGGCUGUGAAGCUGCCCUAGCAUCAGCCCGUUUAGGGGCAAGAACUCUUCUCCUCACACUGAAUAUCGAUAGAAUUGCAUGGCAGCCUUGCAACCCAGCGGUAGGCGGACCGGCAAAAUCACAACUUGUGCAUGAAGUUGAUGCUCUUGGUGGGGAAAUUGGGAAGAUUGCUGAUCGGUGCUAUUUACAAAAGCGUAUUCUAAAUACCUCAAGGGGCCCUGCUGUUCGAGCGUUGCGUGCACAAACCGAUAAACGAGAAUAUGCUACGCAAAUGAAAGAAAUAGUAGAGAGCACCCCAAACCUUUCUAUUAGGGAGGCGAUGGUAACAGAUAUCUUGUUAGGAAAGAAUGACGACAUAGAAGGCGUACAAACAUUUUUUGGGAUGAACUUUUAUGCUCCUUCUGUCAUCCUCACGACAGGCACAUUUAUGAGUGGUAAAAUUUGGGUUGGUAGAACUUCUAUGCCUGCAGGAAGAGCGGGGGAAUCAGCUUCACUUGGACUCACUGAGAACUUACAGAGACUUGGAUUUGAAACUGACAGAUUAAAGACUGGGACUCCAGCACGUGUUGACCGCCGCACUGUUGAUUAUUCUGGAUUGGAACCUCAACAUGGUGACGAAGAGGUUGGCUGGUUUAGUUUCGAUCUUGAUUUCCAUGUUGAAAGGGAACAAAUGUGCUGCUAUCUAACUCGUACCACAAAGAGCACUCACCAACUAAUCAGAGAGAACUUGCAUGAAACUCCCACUUAUGGAGGAUGGGUUGAGGCGAAGGGGCCUAGGUAUUGUCCUUCAAUUGAAGAUAAGAUUGUCCGAUUUAUGGAUAAAGAGUCGCAUCAAAUUUUUCUUGAACCAGAAGGUCGUAAUGUGCCUGAGCUUUAUGUGCAGGGUUUCUCUACUGGCUUACCAGAGAGACUACAAUUACCACUCUUGAGGACUUUACCUGGACUUGAAAACUGUUCAAUGCUGAGGCCAGCUUAUGCUGUAGAGUAUGAUUACUUGCCUGCUCAUCAAUGUUCUCGUUCUCUUAUGACAAAGAAAAUUGGUGGACUUUUCUUCUCUGGUCAAAUAAAUGGAACUACAGGCUAUGAAGAGGCUGCAGCCCAGGGCAUUGUUUCUGGUAUUAAUGCUGCGAGACACGCAGAUGGUAAGCCUCUCAUUGUUCUUGAGAGAGAAAGCAGCUAUAUAGGCACAUUAAUUGAUGAUUUGGUCACUAAGGACCUUCGAGAGCCUUACCGCAUGUUAACAAGCCGCUCUGAACACCGGCUACUUCUUCGAUCCGACAACGCAGAUAGCCGUCUGACCCCGUUGGGCCGUGAAAUUGGAUUGAUAGAUGAUAGACGUUGGAAACUCUACCAAGACAAGCAAGCUCGAAUCUUAGAAGAGAAGAAGCGAUUAAAAAGUGUUCGGAUAUCAGGGGGAGAUCUGUCUGCUAAUGUUACUAGUCUUUCAUGUCAGCCAGUGAAAGACUUUUCAACUCUGGAGAGUCUUCUUAAGAAACCACAUGUAGAAUAUAAAGUUCUUGACAAGCAUGGUUAUGGGAAUGAAAUGUUGUCUAGAGUUGAAAAAGAAUGCGUGGAGAUUGACAUCAAGUAUGAGGGUUUCAUUGUGCGCCAGCAGAACCAACUUCAACAGAUGGCCCAUCAACAACAUAAAAGACUUCCAGAGGACUUGGAUUACAAUGCAAUAACAACAUUGUCCCUUGAAGCACGUGAAAAACUCUCAAAGGUGAGACCACAAACCAUUGGUCAGGCAAGUAGAGUUGGUGGGGUGAAUCCUGCUGAUAUUACUGCUCUCCUCAUUAUCCUUGAAGCCAAUAGGAAAAUAGCAUACCAAGAGAAGAGGCUCCAAUUGCUAAACUCCGUGAAGACAGAUACAGAUCGACACAUAUCUGCAGCUUCAUUAAAGGAGACAAAUUGAGAAUUGGCAAUCGAGUUGAUUGAAGUAUGUAUUGUGCCAAGUAGUAUGUGUAAGAAACCAAAGCUUGACUUGAAGAACAAAUUGAUUCCGCAGAAAAGCUAACUUGUAACUUGAGAUACUUGGUAGGGUAACAAACAGAAGUCAACAUAUUUCGUA